UCAAACGUUUUUAUUUGUAAAUAUUUUUAAUUUUUUAAAAUAAACGUUAAAAUUUAAAAAAAAAACAUCAAAAUAAAAAGAUCAUAAAACAAUCUUGUAAAUAAAACGAACGACAACAAACCACAUACUGUGAUCUUAAACAAUAAAAGUGAAAUCAUUUUUUUUGCUAAAAUGAAACUAUUCCUAACUCUAGUCGCUCUGGUUGCUUGUGCCGCCGCUGACGUUUCGCACGUCACCAACUCUUACCUACCACCACAUUCUGUUUCAGCUCAAUCACGUACGGUAACAUUUACACCAUCUUCGGGAUAUUCUUCUUCAGGAUCAUCAUUAUCUCAUGGUUCUUCGGGUUACAGUGGUAAACUUCAAGUUUCCCCUGGAACGACACACUCUUAUAGUUCCGGAUCUAGUGGCAGUGUUAGUUCUUCGUCCUAUACAUCUCAAGGUCCUAGUGUAGGUCAAUCUUUUACUAACACUUUUAAUAGCGGUAGUGGUUAUUCAACUGGUGCCAAGCAGAUAGUACAAAAGACUUACUCUGCCCCAGUGGUCCAACAACAAACUGUGCAAAAGACUUUCUCAGCUCCCGUUGUACAAAAGACCUAUACCGCUCCUGUCGUACAACAAUCUUAUACAGCUCCUGGUAAAUCUUAUACUAGUUAUGACUCUUACAAGGCUCCAGUUGUACAAAAGAAUACCUAUUCUGGACCCGCUUCCGUACAACAACAAGCCUAUACAUCACAAGCUGUAAUAAAGGAAUCUUAUACCGCACCUGUUGUUCAACAGACUUACACAGCUCCUGGUAAAACAUACAAUAGCUAUCAAUCAUACACAGCACCUGCUGUUCAAAAGACCGUUGUAUCUGCUCCCCUGGUGCAACAACAAACUUUCUCAGCUCCUGGUAAAUCUUAUAAUAGUUAUCAAUCAUAUACUGCCCCUGUUGUACAAAAGUCUUCAUACACUGCUCCUGUGGUGCAACAAACUGUCACCAAAACUGUAAAACAAUCCUAUACUGCUCCAUCUGUUGAAAGAGGUUAUUUGGCUCCCGUUGUCCAACAAGCCUACACAGCUCCUGUUGUACAAAAGGCUACAUACACUGCUCCUGGCAAAUCUUAUACUAGCUAUCAGUCGGUAUCUGCCCCAGCUGUACAAAAAACUACUUACACUUCUUCAGCCACCCAACAGGCUUAUACUGCUCCUGGUAAAUCAUAUAAUAGUUAUCAAGCUGUAUCUGCUCCAAUUGUUCAACAAACAACUUACACUGCCCCAGCUGUUCAUCAGUCCUACACUGCACCUGGCAAAUCGUAUACCAGUUACCAAUCAGUAUCCUCACCUGCUGUACAGCAAUCAUACACUGCUCCGGCUGCUCAAAAGGUAACAUACACUGCCCCUGCUGUUCAGCAAUCAUAUACUGCUCCUGGUAAGUCGUAUACCAGUUAUCAGUCAGUUUCUGCCCCCGCUGUUCAAAAGGUAACUUACACUUCCCCCGUUACACAACAGUCAUAUACUGCUCCUGGUAAAUCAUAUACCAGUUAUCAGUCAGUAUCUGCACCUGCUGUUCAACAAUCCUAUACUGUCCAAAAGACGGCCGCUUAUACUGCUCCUGCCAUUCAAAAAACUACCACUUAUACUGCUCCAGUUGUACAACAAUCCUACACUGCUCCUGGUAAAUCUUACAACAGUUAUCAAUCUUACACAGCUCCUGUUGUUCAGAAAACUUUCUCAUCAUCUCCAGCCGUUGUUCAACAACAAUACACUUCUCCUAUAUCCAGUGCUGCUUAUAAGUCUCAAGCAGUCGAAACCUUUUCGGGACCAUCACACUCAUCUGUUAUUGCUUCAUCCGGUAUUGAUACUAAAUACGCUUCCAAUGGUGGCUACGUCUACUAAUUUCUCAUUUUUUGAUAUUUCAAUCAUCCGUUGAUGUUAUUACUCUCAUGAUCAUUUAGUCAUUUAUUAUUUCUUUUGGUUUAGAAAACGAAAUUUUUUAUAACGAUAUAUAUUUGUAUUAUUGUGUUGAAAAAGUAUUAAAUUUGCGAAUAAAAAACAAUUAUUUCAAACUUAUAAGAAUUAA